AGCCACCAGCUUCACCUUCAAACAUAUGACAACUAUUCUAGUGAAGUGGACGUGAAGAAACGAAGCUUCUCCUCCUCUCCUCUAUAUUUCUUGUUCUCCUAAUUCUUUCUUGUAACCAACCUCUUCAUUAAUAGAAAAAAUCUUGUCUCUUCCCUUCAUUCAGUACCCAUCUUUUCUUUGUUUCGUAAUGGCAAGUAAAGGAGUUGUGGUGAACAAGAGGGCAGAAAUUGAUACAAGGGCACCAUUCAAGUCUGUUAGAGAAGCAGUUUCAUUGUUCGGGGAGAAAGUUUUAGGAGGUGAAGUUUACGCCAACAAACUGAAGGCAGUUCAUCAGAUGCAUGGUGAAAAUGGAAAUGAAGCUUCCAAGCUGGGAAUUGUUGCAGCCGAAUUAGAGGAGACAAAACAGAACUUGGAAAAGGCCAAAGAAGAGAGUAAGCUAAUGGCAAACUCUCUUUCUUCUCUUAAAGACGAACUCGAACGAACGAAAGAAGAGCUGGAACAACUGAAGCAACGGGAACUCACUAAACAACUUUUUGAGUUCGAAAUCAAUGAAAAUGAAGAGAUCAAGAUUGUCGAGGACUUUGAAAUUAAGAAGAGAGAAAAAUCUGAUUACAGAGAAGAAACAGAGUUCCAGAAGAAGAGAUAUGUCACAUUUUCAACUCCACCAUCAUCUGUGGCUCAGGCUGUUGUUCCUCCUCAGGGUGUUGAGAGACUCGAGAGGCAUCCUUCACUAAGGAAGAAGAAGAAGAAGCCAUUGAUUCCGUUAAUUGGUGGGAUCUUUUCAAGGAAAAAGGUAAGUCGAGAAGUUGCAUAAUUAUGAUCAUCCACAACAGUGAAAGAAAUUUCACUUUUUUCCCAUGUUUUCUACAAGUUUCAUGUUAAUUUCUUUUAGUUUUCUUUGUAUACCUAAACAAUUAGCGGGAUGUUUAUGUUUGGCUGCGGGAGGUAAUGUAAUGUAAUAAAGUUUAUUUUCAUAG